AUGCUUCUUGUGCAAAAAAAUAUUGGGCCCAACCCUAGUGAAAUAAAUGAAGCAAUUAGGCUCUUCUCUGGUUUAGCGGACCUUGAUUUUGAGCCUGGUUAUAAUAAUUAUGUAUACUUUCAAUAUCUGUCUAAUAGUAAAGAUGAUAUCGCUCUUCUAGAUGCCUAUUAUUCUGAGAAAAUUUUUGAUAAAUAUAUUAUUCGAGUUGCAGGUAAGGGAUUCACAGUAGUAAAUCACCCAUCCGAAGUUUAUAGGUUACCUGAUGCUCAUGAAUGCAUUGAUGGGAAUUUGCCUCUUCGCCUCAUUCUGGACAUUGACGCGAGACAGUAUCCUGAUCCCAUGAAUCCUGAACUCCCUUCUUUAGAUGGAAAUAAAAUUUCUCGUAAAGAUUUAUUAUCCAGAAUCUUAAUUGCCUGUGCUGAUAUUAUAUAUACUGAUUUAAAACAUCUCAUAACUUUAAAUGCUUUUGCAUUAGUUAGUUCGUCUAAUGCUAAUAAAUGUAGUUGGCAUAUUGUAUAUAAUUAUGCCCACUUUAUUAACUAUAGAGAUCUUAGGAGUUUUGUAGAAAAAGUCGCUAAUAGGGUUGGAAAACCAUAUUCAGAUUUUAUCAAUAUAGAACUUUAUAAAUUUUGGUUCAGUCUUCAGCUCCUUGGAUCAUCUAAAGAGAAUAGA